AUGUCAUCUUAUUCUCCCAAGACAACGUUAACAUCUCCUACAUCUCCUCAAUUUCCUUCCAGACCACUCCCAAAACGAGGAAUAUCAACUCCACCUCGUCGUUAUUCACCCCUCCCAACAUCUUCGGCCGAAGAAUGUCUAUCCCCAACCAACGCUUUCUUCUCCCCAGGAGCAAGCGCAUUAGACCUUCAUGCUAGGAACAAUAUCCAUAGAAAACGUGCUAAGAAAGGGAUGACAUUUGCAGAGGUACAUCAAACGGGGAUUAUCUCUAGUGAAGAGAAGAGUCGUUUAUUCGAUAAGAUUGAUCUUGAUGAGAAAAGUAUAAAACGGUUACCAAAGAAAUCAAGACCUUAUUAUGAACAUUUGGCCAAACUCAAAGAUCAUUAUCUCGAAGUGGAUUCUCUACUCUCUGGGGAAUUACCAACUAGUAUAGCUAAAUCUUUCUUACCAACUACCAAAUCUUAUACUCGUCAAGUAGGAGAUUUAGAGGAAGAAGUCAGAGGUAAUUAUUUUCCUGCUUGGUUAAGAAGAGGUUCUUCAUGGAGGGCAAAUAGAGAAAGGAGAGAGAGGGGAAUUGCUGAUGAUGAGGAGGAAGGGGAGAGGGAGGUUUUGUUACCUAGCGAGAGGGAUGAGAGAAGGGAGCGGACAGCCAGAGUAGCAUUGAAUGUCAACACAAUCAUCAACGCUCUUUUAGUAGCAGCGAAAACAGUCGCAGUACUAUAUUCCAGUUCCAUCUCCCUCACGGCCAGUCUGGUAGAUUCAGCUCUAGACCUCUUGAGUACAUUCAUAAUAUUGGGUACGAGUUGGGCAAUAGGUUUACAGACGGAUAAACAUCUAUAUCCAGCUGGAAAACGGAGGUUUGAGCCUUUGGGAGUGCUCAUAUUUUCCGUAGCCAUGAUAGCUUCCUUCGUCCAAGUUUUUAUCGAAUCUUUCCAACGAGUAAUCGGACCACAGGGAAAGAGUCCAGUGGAACUUAGCGCCAUAGGUAUCGCGACUAUGUUAGCUACCAUAGGAAUCAAAGCUGUAAUAUGGGUUUGGUGUUCCCGUAUACCUUCUUCCGGUGUACAAGCUCUGGCUCAAGAUGCGGAGAAUGACGUUUGGUUUAAUAUCAUGUCUUUGGCUUUUCCUUUUAUCGGAACGAAGAUACAUUGGCGUUUACUCGAUCCUAUAGGUGGUAUGGUACUUUCGACAUAUAUAAUAUUUGAAUGGGUAAAGACUUUAUUACAAAACUUUGCAAAUUUAUCUGGCCGUACAGCAAGUAGAGAUCACCUUACAAGAGUUAUAUACCUCGUCACUCGAUUCAAUCCAGUUUUGGAGAUUGCAGAUGUGGAAUGUUAUCAUAUAGGUGACGAUUUGAUAGUAGAGAUAGAUGUCAUUUUACCUCAUUCAUCAACACUUCAUUUCGCUCAUGAUGUUGGGGAAACUAUCCAAUGUGUUCUUGAAAGUCUUGAGGGGAUUAUAAGGGGGUAUGUUCAGGGGGUUUAA